ACCAGUGGUAUUAGUAGUUUUCACGCUCGGACUUUUAAUCUGGGAAAAAUGGUUGUUACGUGUGAGAUCAGCUUCGAUAAUAAUGUCCACGGUACUUUCUACGCCGGUCAACUUGUCAACGGCUGCGCAACCCUCAAAUGCGACAGAUCAAAGGAGGUUCAAGCCGUAUUGCUCAGGGUAGUCGGAUACUCUAUAACCAAAUGGAGCGAGAAGAGUCUGGGCUCGUCAAAGCUCUAUGCGGGCCGUGAGGAUUAUCUAGCAUCCAACACUUAUCUGUUGGGUUCCGAGCAAAACAACAACAGACACACCAUUCAGGCUGGGGUGCACAGCUACAACUUCGCCUGCCAACUGCCCUACCAGUGUCCUUCGUCCUUUGAGGGUCGCUAUGGCUGCAUCCGCUACAUAGUCAAAGUCCUGCUGAUUAGACCUUGGAAGUUUGAUCAGGCCUAUACAAAGGGCUUUACUGUCCUCAAGAUGCUGGACCUGAACUUUGACACGCCUCAGCUACGGUCGGCUGCCCACUCCGAGGGGUACCGCACAUUCUGCUGCGGGCCCUGCAAGACGGAUCCCCUCAAACUGGAGCUGAACCUGCCGCAAGCGGGCUACGUGCCCGGCCAGAAGAUCCCCGUCACCGUGGUGGUGGUCAACAGCAGUUCCGUGGCCGUCUCCGAGCUCCGGCUUUCACUCGUAAUGCUGGUCAGAUACUACAGCGUCAGUCCGGAGCACUCUCGAGUGGAACGGAUCAUAAUUUCGCGGGCCAAGGGGGAUUCGGUGCUCAAGCAGUGCACCCGUUCGCUGACCAUCGAGCUUCCCGUGCCAUCCACUCCGCCAACCUGCGUGGAGCUGAGCAACAUCAUCCAGAUCGCCUACCAAGUGGAGGUGGAGGCUCUGGUGAAGAGUUUGCGCGAACAGCAGCUGAUGGUCAUGCCGGUUACUAUUGGAACUAUUCCCCUGGCAGUUUCCGGCAUAGUGGUUCAACAACCCCCCCGGCGCAGUGCCCACUACGAAGGACCCCGAUCCAGAAGGGAUCCUCCCGACGAGCUGCCCAUGGUAACCGCACUUGGUAGUGUGCCCAACGAUCUGACGCCCAACUCAACUGUUUCAGAACUUCCAAAAUAUGAGGAAUCCCGACACACGCAGCGUGGCAAUAUCAACGAGGAAGAACUCCAUGCUUUUGGGAUCAAUGAGUUCGCGCCUCUUUAUCCUGUGUAUAGUAUACCCAGCCCUACGCCUGUGCUUUCGGCUAAUACUCGUAAUGCGGGGUUCGUCAACCAAAGCUUUAUCAAAUGAGCUAUCACUUUAACUUUGUUUCAAUAAAUUAUACAUUUAAAAAGCUUCAA